GUAUGGGAUUUAAUCACUUUUCAACAAGCAGGAGUCUUGAAAGGUCAUACUGGAAGGGUAUUAUGUUUAAGUUUAUCUAAUGAUCAGUCAAUGUUAUUCAGCUCAUCAGGCGAUGGAACAGUUAGAGAUACAUAUCAAUAUCAAAUUUAUUUUACUUUAAAGAGGUUUGAUCUCUCAAUUAAAGAAACUUAUCAAACACCACAUCUUCCAAAUCUUCGUAACUAUUCAAAAUUCUUUGAUUCAUUCCGGAAUAAUAAUGGUGGUAAUAGUAAUAACAAUAUUGAAGAUGGACUAAUUGAUGAAAAGGUCAACUUUAUUGAAGAUGAACAGCAAGGGGUAAAGAGAUUUGAGAUUUGUGAUGAUAUGAUUUAUCACAAUAGUCACAAUGGAUAUGUUUAUGCUUUAGUGUUGGGUGUAAACAAAGAUGGUGACAUAUUAAUAAGUGGUCAGAUUUGGUCAAUUAAACAAAAUUCUAUGAAUUUACUAAGAAGAUUGGGAGGCACUGAUGCUGGUGUUUUAACGUUAGUAUUGCAAGAUGAAUUAUUAAUAUGUGGUACACAAGGUGGAAAUAUUAAAAUUUAUGAUUUAGAAACUUAUCAGCAUAUAAGAUCAUUAAUGGCACAUAAUGAUGAUGUUUUGGCAUUAGCUGUAGAUAAUAAUAAUUUAUAUUCUGGAUCUGCAGAUGGAACUAUUAAAAGAUGGAAUAAAACAUUCAACAUUUUGGACAUUUAUAGUGAUUACAAUGUAGCAAUACUUUCGCUCACAAUGUCAUCACUAUUUUCUGCUAACACUACUACCACUAAUGGCCAUAAUUAUGAUAAUAAUAAAUCCCUGUCAAAUACAAAACUAUGGCUGGUAUCUGGUACUAAUGACAAAUUGAUAAAGUUUUGGGAUUUGUCAUCUACAACAUCAUUUGAGUCUCAUGAUUUACCAGAGUUUCAUAAUUUAAUGAUCUAUGCAUUGUCAAAAUGGAUAUCAUUACAAACUGUUAGUGGAAAUUCUAAAUAUUUAGAAGAAUGCUUACGUGGAGCAAAAUACUUAAAAAGUAUAAUGGAACAAUUGGGAGCAACUUCUUCUCUAAUCCCAGGAGAAUCUGGACAAAAUCCUUUGGUUUUUGGUAGAUUUCUUGGAAAUAAAAAUAAAUCUAAUAAAUUGAAUAUUUUAGUAUAUGGUCAUUAUGAUGUCAUUGCUGCUGAUGAAACCGAAUGGUUGUCAAGUCCAUUUAAAAUGCUUGGUAAAGAUGGUUAUCUUUAUGGAAGAGGUGUGACUGAUAACAAAGGGCCAAUGAUUUGUGCAAUAUUUGCUGCAAGUGAAUUGCUACAAGAAAAAAGGCUUGAAGCAAAUAUAUCUUUUUUGGUAGAAGGUGAAGAGGAGAAUGGAAGUAAAGGAUUCUACAUUGCUGUAGAACAAUUCAAGGACCUAAUUGGUGAAGCUGAUAUUAUAUUAGUUAGUAACUCUUAUUGGUUAGAUGAUGAAACACCUUGUCUAACUUAUGGAUUACGUGGAGCGGUAUCUGAGCCAUUAAAAGAUAUGAUUAGAAUACUCUCAAAACUUAUAACAAAUGAUAAUAAAGUUUUGAUACCAGAAUUUUAUGAUAAAGUUAGAGAAGCAACAUCAAAUGAAAAAAAAUUAUAUGAACCAAUUAUCAAAUCAGUUAAUAGGAGUAAAUUAUUAUUUGGUAAUGAAAAUAAAGAUUUGAUAGAUUCGUUGAUGUUGAGAUGGAGAUAUCCAUCACUAACUAUACAUAGAAUAGAUGUAAGUGGACCAAAUGAUAAUACAACAGUUAUAUCACAUAAAGCAGAAGCUAUAUUAAGCAUGAGGAUUGUACCAGAUCAAAAUAUAAAUGAUAUAAUUAAAAAUUUUCAAAUAUUUGUAAAUGAAAAAUUUGAAGAGUUGACAACUGAUAAUUGUUUAAAGAUUACUAUAAAUAACAUGGCAGAUUGGUGGUUAGGCAAUCCUGAAAAUAAAUAUUUUAAAGCAGCUGAAGAAGCAAUUGAAGAAGAAUGGGGAAUAAAACCAUUGUAUAUAAGAGAAGGUGGAUCAAUUCCAGCAGUAAGCUGGUUGGAAAAAAAAUUCAAUGCAAUAACUGUACAUUUACCAAUUGGUCAGUCAACAGAUCAAGCUCAUUUAAAGAAUGAAAGAAUUAGAUUGCAAAAUUUGUAUGCUG